AUGGAAGUUAAAUCAGACGCUAAGAAAUAUCAAUCGUUGAGCUCCUCGCUUAUCAACAACAACUCAUCGACAAAAUCAGCAGAAAUCGACGAUCGUUCUCCGGAGGAAUACUUGGAGGCGUUCGAGGAGAGCUUGAACAACAAGGUCGAUGGUGAAGUUGGGCAGCUGAGCGAUGGACUGUCGGAGAUUAUAGGCCUCGCGGAAAUUAACCAGAAGGACAACUACAAGAUCAGCAAGGAGGCAUUCCAGAUCAGCUGCAGAUCAGAAUCUAUGAUUCGCUCUGCCAAUAGCUUACUGGAUAUAACGCACGCGCUUAAAAUGAUCAAUUUGCUCGAAGAGCUGAUGAAUUGA